AUGGAUUUUUCCUACCAGUGUGAGCGAUGCCAAGAUGUGCAUCUGUGGUUGUCUGUGUGUAUGCGAGCCAGUGGAAGGGCGGAUGAUAAUAGGAACACUGCUUUGCAUUAUAGCGUGUCACAUUGUAACUUCAGCAUCGUUAAGCUCCUUUUAGACACAGGUUUAUGUGACGUGGACCUGAGAAACAAGUCUGGCUACACUGCUAUCAUGCUGGCCUCCUUGACAGCUGUAGAAUCACCAGGAGACAUGAAAGUGGUCCAGCAGCUGAUGGAGCUUGGUGACGUCAACGCCUGUGUUGGCCAGGUGGGACAAACGGCUCUUCACUUGGCAGUAAGACAUGGACGUGUCCCAAUGGUGCAUCUCCUGCUUGAACAAGGAGCGGAUCCUGAUGCCCAGGAUCAUGCAGGAACCACGCCACUGAUCAGCGCCUGUGAUCGGGGACACGUCAGUAUUGUGAGAAUUUUGUUACAGGAAGCGAACUGCGAUGUCAAUUUAAAAGACAAGGUAAUUUCUUGUGCAUGUUUGUCUAAACCUUAACAGAAAACAAAAACACCUAACCACGUGUUUAUCCAACAGUAUAUUUUACAGCUCCAAUAACACGGUUAUACAGAAGAUUUCCGUAGGGUUUAAAAGCAGAAAUGUGCUUUUUGUUGAAAUGUAAAAUUAAAUGUACAAAAUAUGUCCAUGAUUUAACUGAAAUAAGGGAACAAAUCAAUAAAUUGUGCCCACGAUUUACAAAGCUGUGAGCACAAUUUGGUAAUCUGAAGACAUUUUCCCUGAUGAGUCAUCUUUGCAAAGGCAUUCCCACUGCUCCUGAAGGAGCUCUUGUAAAAAAAGACAUUUUUCUUUUUCCAAAUGUCAAUUGAGGGACUAU